AGAUCUCUACCUCCAUAUUUAUUUAAUGGGAGUCUUAAGUGAAUGAAGAAAUGGGAGGAUAAGAGAAGGACAAUUAUGUCCUGGUCCAUCCUUUUUCUCCCUUCUCCCUUGGUUUUUCCAGCAGUUGUGUUUGCAUAUGGCAGCACUGGACUUCCCUCUUUAGGCUAAAUUGCAAUACUCUUUGCUAUAUUUAGCUUAUAAACCUCUAAUAAAGGAGAAGUUAGUGUUUCUCAGUAUCAUGAUAGAGGUAAAGACAGAUUUUAUUGAUCUAGAUUUGGUUAGUCUCAGAUAGUCCCAGCCUAUAUUACCUCUUUUAGGAUGCAAUAUUGUGGGAAGUGAUGGGUUUUCAUCUAAUGUAACCCUGUUUUUCUGUGCUCACAGAUCCCCUUGGAGAAGAAUGGCUCCUACAAAUGCCUCUUUUGUGACUGAAUUUAUGCUGGUAGGGCUAACAGACCUACCAGAUCUCCAGCUCCCCCUGUUCUGCCUGUUUCUAGUCAUGUAUGUGGUCACUGUGUUAGGAAAUUUGGGCUUGAUAACUCUAAUUGGGCUGAAUUCACACCUACAUAUCCCCAUGUACUUUUUCCUCUCCAAUUUGUCCUUCAUAGACCUCUGUUAUGCUUCUGUGUUUACACCCAAAAUGCUGAUUAAUUUCACAUCAAAGAAGAAUAUUAUCUCCUAUAGGGGGUGCAUGACCCAAUUCUACUUUUUUUGUUUUUUUAUCAUUUCUGAAUGCUAUGUGCUCACAUCAAUGGCCUAUGAUCGCUAUGUGGCCAUCUGUAACCCACUUUUGUAUAAUGUUGUCCUGUCCCCUAAAGUGUGUUCCAGCCUUAUGCUUGGUUCAUAUUUGAUAGCAUUUUUGGGUGCUAUGGCCCACACAGGAUGCAUGCUGAGACUGACCUUCUGCGAUGCAAACACCAUCAACCAUUAUUUGUGUGACAUCCUCCCCCUUCUCCAGCUCUCCUGCACAAGCACCUACGUGAAUGAGCUGGUGGUUUUCAUCGUGGUGGGCAUCAACAUCAUUGUGCCCAGUGUCACCAUCUUUGUGUCUUACGGUUGCAUCCUUUCCAGCAUCCUCCGCAUCAGCUCCACUGAGGGCAGGUCCAAAGCGUUCAGCACCUGCAGUUCCCACAUAAUUGCUGUUUCCUUGUUCUUUGGAUCAGGUGCAUUUACAUAUCUCAAACCGUCGUCUGCUCUGUCUAUGCAUAAGGGGAAAAUCUCUUCUGUCUUUUAUACCAGUGUGGUUCCCAUGAUGAACCCUUUAAUCUACAGCUUGAGAAACAAAGAUGUUAAAACUGCUCUGAGAAAAACCUUCAGUAGGAGAAGGUUUUGAUCAGAAUCAGUGUCCCUGUGCAGGUAGUAAUAGGACUGGUAUAUUCUGUUUCUUUUAUCACAGUAGUUUAGGCAGAGCCUUCAUAUCCUAUAUCUUUGUUACCAUGAUGAAGGAAAUUGGAGUCUUCUCUCAGUUUGUUUCCAAUUUUUAAAUAGUAUAAUUUCCUUCUCACCAGUUUUGCAAUUUCUACUCUUUUACACCAUUUUAACUAUUUAACAUUAAUGAAUAAGCUUAUCUCUGUUUUUCCAUUGUCAUUAUGGAGUUUGGUUUUUUUUCUUCUGGAAAAAGAUAAAAGGUUCUGCAAAAGAUCAG